AUGGCGCCAACCUCGCCCUCCGCCUCCACGGCAGCGCCCAAACUCCCCGCCUCGGCAGACUUCAACGCCCUCUACAACCGCAUCUCCCUCGCCUCCGCAAAACAAGCAACCUUCCUCACCUCGAUGCGCGCGAAGUAUCCCUCCCUAGCACGAUCCUCUUCGCAAUCAACAUCAGAAACCACCCCCAGUAGCGCCGCGCCAGGCACUUUCUCAUCAAUGUCGAAACCCAUCCUAACCGAAUCCAUAACCACCUCAACAACAUCACAGUCAGCAACCAGCCGCCCCCGAGCUGCCGCCGACGACGCAGACCUCCGCUUCGAAAACCCAAACACAGGUCUCGGCUUCGCGACCUCCAAAGUGGACCAGACCACCUCCGCCGCAACGCGGGACCUAAGCCGCCGCCUCCUCGGCAACAAACGCGGAGGCCGCGGCGCAGACGACCCGAAAGCCCUCGCCGCCGCGGCGCUGAAGAAGCGCAGACUACAAGAUGACGAGAGCGACGAGGAGGAAGGGAGGGGCAGCUGGGGUAAGAGCAAGAAGAAGACAAAGGUCCGUCAGGAGUCUCCUGAGCGCGAGGUGCUCGAACACCCGGCUGCACGAGGCGAUGUUGAGAUGCGCGAGGGCGGAUCGAACGACACCAAAGACCGAAUACAAAACAAUCUGCAAGACAGCAAGGAGCAUGCUCCGAUCCCUAGUCCGAUCCAAGACCAGGAAGCGAUAGCGGCGAUAGACCCUGCCGAGGAGGAGGCCGAUAAGCGACCCGAGACAGACGAAGCCGCAAAGGAAAGGAAAAGGAACAAGAAGAAGCGGAACAAGGAGAACAAGAAGAACAAGAUGGCGGCGGCCUCGGAAGGUGGCGUCGGAGCUGCCCAAGAGAUACCAGUGGCCUAG